AUGUUUAAAUAUUUGAAAGGAUAUUGAAGAUGGAGCAAGCUUGUUUUCUGCUGCUCCAGAGACUAGGACAUGGAGUGAUAGAUUUAAAUUAUAGGAAAGGAACAUCCACCUAAACAGUAGGAAGAACUUCUUGACAGUAUCAGCUGUUCAACAAUGGAAUACACCGCCUUGGAGUCUCCUUCUUUGCUGGCUUUUAAACAGAAGCUGGCAAUCAGUUGGGAGUGCACUGAUUGUGUAUUCCCACACAAUCUGUGUUUCUAUUAUUCAUGCUGGUGUGUGACAAGGUGUUGGGAAAUGGCCUUUCUCUGAGUAGAUUAUUUACUUGUCCAGCCAGCCUGUUCAGGUGGCUGUUAAAUGUUUUAUUCCACUUUUGGCAUAAGGUAAGACACUAUUUUGAAUUAUCAUAACAUUUUUCUUAAAAGUAAGAUACUUUGAUGCCAAGUCACAAGGUAUAGGAACAUGUAAGAACAGAGGGAGCUGGUUUAUAGGGAGCAGGACUGUUGAUCCACACAUCCCAGUAUUAUCAAUUCUGACUUGCAGCAACUCUUCAGGAAUUCAGGCAGGAGUAUUUUCGAGUCCCGUCAAAAAAUCUCUGAUGUUCCCUGGUGGCCUACCAUCCAAGCGUUAACCUGAUAUGAUCUUGCUUCACUUCCAAAUCCAGAUGAGACAGGCUGUGUUCAAAGUGGUAUGAUGCUUUGUGUUACAGAUGUCUCUUCUGUAAUCUCCAGGAAUCCUCAACCCAAGAGAUAGCAGAAUUUCAUCUUGGGCUUCAUGAGUACCAUGGAAAUUCACAAGGCUCUAUUAAACCAAAGGAGGCCAUAAGAAGAAAAUCUGAAAGAAAAAGGAUGUGAUAAGAGAGCAACAUGGAGAUGCAGGUGGUUUUUGAGGACGUGGCUGUGCAUUUCACUGAGCAGGAGUGGGCCUUGCUGGAUGUAAACAAAAGAGCCCUCUACUGGGAUGUCAUGGAGGAGAACUGCCAGCAUGUGAUUUCACUGGAUGUUUGGGACUUCAGUUUCCAGAAGCCUAAGAUAGCAUGGCAAAUGAUCAUGGAUUUGGGGAGUUCAAAACCUCUGAAAGGUGAAAAAUUGAGAACUACUGAUAUAGCCCACCUUAUUCCUAUCCCUGUUCCUAUCCUGAGACUCAGGUCAGGCAUCCUUCUUACUUUGACAGACAGCAACUGUUCAUCCCAGCUUCCUUUGACAUCAUCCUGUUUUUCAAACAGCAUGGAGUUUCCCCAGAUGCAGAUGGCUUUUGAAGAAGUGGCUGUGCAUUUCACUGAGCAGGAGUGGACCUUGCUAGAUGUGAACGAAAAAUCCCUCUACUGGGAUGUCAUGCAGGAGAACUAUCAGCAUGUAAUUUCAUUGGGGCUUCCAAUGGCACAGGCUAGCAUGCUUACACAUCUCAAACAAGGAGAGGAACUAUGGAGAUUGCACUUCCAGGGACAUCAAGGAAAACAGCCUUAUACAAAAUUCAUUCAAGGUGAUUGCUCUCAACCAAGGAGUCUGGAAACAAUGGAAUUAUGUAGGUGGUUGCUUGGUCAUUCCCAAGGGAAGGACAUUCCUAGCUAUGAUGCCCAUAGGGAUGGACAGAAGGCAGAAGGCUGGCAAGAGAAUCAGCCACUGGAGAGACUUGGUGAAACUGCUCAAUUAACAGGAAGUAUUAAAAGUGCAAAGUGUCCUCCUAGUGGUGUGGGAGAAAGGAAGGAUUCUUGUCCAAAGUGUGGGAAAACCUUCUGUCACAAAUCUGCCCUUACUGCACAUCUGAGAAUCCACACAGGAGAGAAGCCAUAUCAGUGCCUGGAAUGUGGGAAAAGCUUCAAUCAGAGCUCAGCCCUAACUCAACACCUGAGAAUCCACACGGGAGAGAAACCCUAUAUUUGUCCCAGCUGUGACAAACGAUUCAGUCAAAGCUCUGCACUUACUCAGCAUCAGAGAAUCCACACUGGGGAGCGAUUUUAUGCUUGCCUUGACUGUACAAAAACAUUCGUUUACCAGUCAGCUCUGAUCCGGCAUCGGAGAAUCCAUACUGGGGAAAAAUGCUAUAAGUGUCCUGAAUGUGGGAAAGGCUUCAACCAAAGCUCUAAUCUUAUUACACACCGGAAAAUUCAUAAUGGAAAUGGGACAGUUAGUAGGAAUGAGAAGAAAAAUUCCCAGUCAGAAGCUCGUACACACGUAGAGGGACAUGGAACAAUACGUAAGAUGCCCCAACUAGUUUCUCCUCAGAAUCCUCAACCAGAAAAAAAUCUUCAGAAUCAGAAAUCUUUGGAGAAAAGUUCUUCAGAGCUGGCUCAGAAUGGACCCCUUGCAUCUUCAGGGAGUUUCAUAGCUCAGAGGGUUAGAAUAAAGACAGCAACCCCUAGGGUUAAGAGACCCCUUGUGUGUCUUGUCUGCGGAAAGAACUUCAAAUACAGCUCCCAUCUGGUUAACCACCAGAGAAUCCACACAGGAGAGAAACCCUUCCAUUGCACCGACUGUGGGAAGAAUUUCAUUCAGAACUCAGCCCUCAAGAGGCACCAGAGGAGCCACCGAGGUGACAGACCCUAUCAGUGCACUGACUGUGGGAAAAGCUUUAGUCGGAACUCGCACCUAGCAAAGCACCGAGGGAUUCACACAGGAGAAAAACCUUAUGAGUGCCUGGAUUGUGGGAAAAAAUUCAGUGUCAAAAUGAACCUGGCAAUUCACCGACGAAUCCACACAGGGGAGAAACCAUAUAUGUGCCUGGAGUGUGGGAAGUGCUUUAGCCAGCGGCCCCACUUUAUGAUCCAUCGGAGAAUCCACACAGGAGAGAAACCUUAUACAUGCCCUGACUGUGGGAGAAGCUUUCGUGUGAGCUCACACCUUGUUACCCAUCAGAAGGUCCACAUAGGGAAGACUUCCUUCAUAUGUCCCGAUUGUGGGAAAAGCUUUAACGGUAACAAAGAGUUUAUUCAACAUAAAAUGCUCCACAUCCAUGGAGGAAGCCCGCAACUGUCCAAUUUAGGUGUCACCAUUAAGACUGAACUAUCUGUUCCUGAGUCUGUUGGUCCACAAAGCAGUAGGUACUGGUCCUGAAGCAGAUUAAUGAAUUAUAGGCUAUGUUUGGCCAAGGCAAAGAAUGGUUAGCUGUUUCUGGCUCUCUUUUAGGAUUAUAAAUCCUUUCUGUGCUUUAAGCUGAGUUGUGAAAGUGAUGGGAAGAGAAAACUGUCAAUCAAUUUUCAAAUCCUUAUGGCUAUGGUGGGCAGUUGCGAGGGGCUGGGGACUGCAUUGGAUCCCCCUGACAACUGAAAGGGCCCCAUCCCUCCAGGUGAGUUCCUGUUUAUAAACAGGGCUCCCCUGGGCCUGAAACAGCCUGGCAGUGGGAAGAAAGAUAUGGAGAAGUUGGCUUCAUGCCCCCAAGAAUUUGUGUGGGGCAUUUUUAGUUAAAAGAAUGCUGGAGGGCCCUUGCAGGAGACACUUUGCCCCUGUUUAGAGUGAAAUAUAGUGGAUAAACUGUCAGAUCUUGACCUGAGAGACCAGAUGUCAUGUUCUGUGCUCAGUCUGGAGACUUACUGUUGAUCUUGGGUCAACUGUAAUGUCAGCCAAAUCUACCUCACUGGGUUCCUCUGAACAUAAAGGAAAGCAAUUUUCAAUAUUGACCUUCGUUCCUAGGGGGAAAUGAUAAAAUAUCCAUGCAAACAAUAACAUGCUAUACUAUACCUAGAAGUGCAGCAAGGGGUGGCCAAUUCAUCAGGUAGAAUCAUAGAAUCGUAGAGUUGGAAGAGACCACAAGGGCCAUCCAGUCCAACCCUCUGCCAUGCAGGAAAUCUCAGUCAAAGCAUACCUGACAGAUAGCCAUCCAGCCUCUGCUUAAAG